AUGGAUAAUAGUAAAUCGCAUUUCAGAAGUCUCAUUGAAAAUGUUCUUUAUUUUGGAGAAUUCAACGAGAUGCGUAAAAAGUGGAAAGCUUUUAUAUCCAGACUUGAAGAUUUAGCACCAAAUGCGUAUGACAGAAGAGAUAAUGUUUUUUGCUACAUGGUAUCAUCUACUAGAUCAAAAAAGAGUUUUGUUAAAAUGGCCCAAGGUACAAGGCCAAUUCUCUCUAAAGAAAUAUACGACUUGAUGGAAAAUUUCAUCGACUAUAUGAAAAAUUUACCAGGUCAGGAAGGGGAAAAUUAUAAAGUGAUUUAUAAGGAUUUCAAAGCUCCUCAACUUAUAAAGCGAUUGCUAAUGAAACGACCACUUGUAUUUUGCAAUAAUGAUGAUUACAACGUUCUACGAAUAAAUCAGCCGAAAAUUCAAUCAGGAAAGGUGAAAUGGGAUAAGAUUGCAAAAAACCUAGAUAAAUAUGACGAGAAUUCACCUUACCUCCGUGAAUACAUUUCGUAUGAUGAAAUUUUAUUAUCAGCACUUGUCUCAAUUUCAACUCCCACAUAUUUUGUUUCUGACGGAUCUGUGAAAAAACAUGAUGCGAUAUCUGAAAAUCCCUUCUUGCCUAAAGGAAUUCUUUGUGGUCUUGUUGGAGCGAGAUUAAGGAAAAAGGCAUACAUGGAACAUAGAUUUGUCUUUCCACGAGAUUCAGAAGAUGAUUCUUUUUUCAGUGUUCAUCACACAGAUGCUUUUUGGAUUGGAAAUGUUUAUCCAGAAGCAUUUCCUGAAGGAAGAAUUCCAACGCUUGAAGAAAUUGCUGAAAAAAUGGAAAUCUACGAUGAUAUAUAUGAAGAGCAAAUAAACGUCAAGUAUUUGAAAAAGCGUUUGUCAUUUUCGGUCAUCCCUUUAAUUGAGGAAGGAGUGGCUCGUGGUAUUGAAUAUAAAAAUAAAGUUGUUGUCAGUGUGCCACCAAUUGGAGCGGGAGUAUGGAAGGGAACAGUUCCUGAAGCAACGAUUUGUAAUCUCAUUGUUACUGCAGUAUUAGAUUAUCUCGAUAGCACAUUCGAUCCCAAGAAACUUGAAUAUCUGUGCGCGAUUUAUUUACCAGUUGUUGAUAUGAAAAUUUAUUCUUGUUACUCGAACAAAAAUCAAAUUUCUUCAAUAGAAGUUAAUCGAAAAGAUUCUUCAAUUAAAAUCAAGUUCAAAGGAGUAACAGACAAACAAUUAACAAUAUUCAACCAAUUUCGGUAUGUCGCUCAAUUACUUCCUGAAGAAUUCAAGUCGUGUUUGAUUGUUGCUGCAUAUGCAUGGGAUGGGAAUUCUUAUCCUGGAAACGAAUAUUGGAUAGACUAUCUGACAUCAUUUGAUCCUCAAGCAAUACUUUGUUCAAAUCUCGGUCAGUUCCAGAAUCCAGAAGUUAAUACAAAAUUAGCAGAUGCACAUAGAAUUAAAACUUAUUAG